GAUGCGAUGGGAAACCAAGACUGUAUUGGUGUGCUCGUGCUCGUCCUUGGUUUCACUGCCGAAUCGCCGGCUAGAAAAAAACGUUUGCAGUAGGUAGUCUAUACUCUGUAGCACUAUGUAAUUAGUUCUAUUCCCGCGGCAUCAUUAAGACUACGUGGCUCGUCGACUGGCAUCCGCGUACGACGAUAUAAUUAACUGAUAUUAAAAUAAUUAACGGGCCCGUAGGUAAUAACUCGUCCGAAUGUCGGYGCAUGUCUGUUAUAUAGGCGUUUAUAUAUUAUCAUAACUCACUAUAUAUUACUCACUCGAUUCAUUUUCCUCGUUUGAUUCUCAGCUCGCAACUCGAAUUCUGAUUCGCUUCGAAAAACGGUAUAGCACGKGGAGAACGGUCGUCGACUCGUAUAAUAUUACCGACGCAUAUGUUCAGUGGGCCCGACUCAUUGUCCGUUCGAUUUCAGAGUGCCGUUGCGACUGUUGCAGCGACGACACGAACCCGACAAAGUCAACUUAGGCCCACCCGUUCCGCGUACCCACACACACACACACACACACUGCCGCACCGCACCGUCGGGCGUCUUAUACACGUCGCGGUGUGGCCACCAACGGGUGACGAUGACGACGAUGACUACGGCGUGCGCGGCCGCGGUCGCUGAAAUUAUCGAGGCCGGAGCGUUCGGACCGGACGGCCGGUUCGUGUCAUUCACGCUGGACGGCCGGCACACCGAGCAGGAUCAGUUCGCGUCGUCCAUACUGUACGGGACGGUCACUGUCGCGGAUYGUGACUGCCGUCACCAAAGCCAUCGACUCGUGUUCAAGUUCAAACACUCGGUUCCCGAGAUCCGGGCACUCAUCAAGAACGACGAGCAGUUCCACAACGAAAUACUAUUCUACGAACGGAUCGCACCGUUCCUGUUGGCCCGCUGCUCGCUGGGGGACACUGCAGAUGAACCCGCGACGCCAACGCUCUGUCGUUACUUCUACGGGUGCAACGACUGCGAUGACUUGGUGCAGCGGGAUGUGAUCGUCUUGGAAAACGAGUCUGUCCGUGGAUACCGGUCGGCGAACACCGAACAUAGGGUGUGUUUGGACUUCGAUCAUCUGGCCGUGGCACUCAGAGCUCUAGCAAAGUAUCACAGUUUGUCGUACAGAGCCAAACAUCUGGAUCGAGUCGAGUUCAUGGAUUUGGUGUCCAAGGUGAAAGACUUGCAAUGGGACGACAACGGCGAGUGGUUUCCAAUAGGCAGACAACUUGGAGAGCUGUUCUCCUUGGCUCUGGAAGCGCUGAGAGCACGUCGCGGUAAUGAUGGUAAAGACGAACAACGCGCGCAMAGGUUUCGCACGGAACUGCUGGCCGAUUCGACAAACACGAUGAGACGUAUGGUGGAACCAGUCGAACCGCUGUCGGUCCUGUGCCACGGUGACUUCAAUCGGAACAACCUGCUUUACCGGUACGACGACGGCGGACGGCCGGUGGACGCGCUGGCGUUCGACAUGGCCGCCGUCCGGUACGGGUCACCGGCGCUCGACCUGUCCUUUUUUUUGUACAUGAACAUGGACCGCCAGUCCCGGGACGAUCACUGGGACGCACUGUUGGAUGUAUACUGCGAAACGCUGGCCGCUGCCGCCGGUGACGUUCCGGUGCCGGAUCGUGGCCAGAUUGAUGUCGAAAUGCGCGAGCACGCGUUCUACGGGUUGGUACACGCGUCGUUUUUCUUGCGGAUAAUGUUAGAGGAACAGAAACCAUUCAAUCAAUUGGAUAUCAUCGGAAAAAAUAAAGAUCAGCUGCUUAAGAUUAUAUUGUCGUUUGGCGGAGAACGGGCCACCGAAUGGGUAGCGGACACCGUCCAACACUAUAUGGACAUGGUGUAUGGCAAAACAUGAUCCUGAUCCUUAAUCGUCAUUGUAUUUUGAUUAUAUUAUGACAUUUUUUGUAUUGAUAGAAUCGUAACCGGGACAAACACUUGUGAUAARCCGUAUGAUUUUUUCAAUAUUAAAACGAAAAAAAACAUUGAGUUUUA